CCUGCGAUACCCGAACCCUUCGGAUCCGUUAAACGGAGAGGCCGCGGCUAUGCUGAUGAGGGAGCCCAAAAGCUACGAGGCAAAGGUGAAGGGUAUGUAUUCUGUUAUCUGCUGCAUUUCACGGGUGCAGGUUUGGCUUAUCAUCUAUAGAAUACGUGGCCAAGUAUGCCAGCAAAGAAGCCGUUGACGAUGCCGGGGAAGACACCGAGUCCGAAGAUGAACUCAGUUCUGCUGGUAGCUACGAAUCCGGCGGGGAAGAACCCGCCGGAACCAUGGAUGACGUUUAAAUCGCCUGUUGUUAUUCCUUUUCCUUCAGUAAUGCCUUUUCUUCUUUCAUGACUAUUACGGAACCCGGGAUUGACCAUCCGCGACCAACGACCUUAUAUUGCAUCGGCCUGAUUUCCCUUUUCUAUUAUCUAUGUGUCGUCUUAUCAGGAUUGGGUUUCUCGGCGUUUAUCUGGUGGAGUUCUGACGUUCAUGGCGCACCUGAUUUGACCACGGUUGUGAGGAUGGAAUUAAGGAAAGGUCGAACUGAUCGUUCUAUCGGCGAGUGUCCGAAUUCCUCACUCUUCUGUCUUGACGGGGCUCUGUGUUUCAUAGCCCCGUUCUUUUUCUUUAUGCAGACCCGAGCGCCGUGGUCGCGCAUUAUCUCCUUUCCUUUUUCUCUUUUGACUCCCGUGAACAUACCGAAAGCAACAGGUGCUGGAUUUUGAUGCUAUGUCUCUACUUUCUCCGCCUGUU